AUGAAAAAGAGUGGUAAAGGACGAAUAAAGUUGAAAAUACAAAUAAACACUGAAGAAGAAGAAAAUAAGGAAAACAUAAUUUAUGAAAAUAAAAAUAAGAAAAGGAAAGGAUCUGAUAUUAGUGAUGAUAAUGAUGAGAGCAUAGAAAAAUUUAAAGAUUUAGAUAAUAGUUAUGCGUCCGAUAGAAAACAAAAAGAAGAUAAUGAUUUAGAAAAAAAAAUUAUAUCGAUAAUAUCACAAUUAACAAAAAUUACUUGUAUAUGUGAGGAUAAAAAAAAUAAUAUUAAUAAUUUAGAGAAUGAAAAGAUAUGUAAAAAAUUAAUAAAACAAAUGUAUAAAUAUGAAAAAUAUUUAUUACAAUUUAGUAAUUAUAUUAAUGAAAAUAAUAAUCAUAAUUUAGAUGAUAUUACAUUUCCUAAUGGUUUAAUAAAAGCUGUAGAUAAUUAUAUAAAUCCCAAUGUCUGGAUUUAUCAAUAUCUAUUAUUAGAAACCAAAAAACAAAAUGAUUCCUAUCGUAAUUUAAUACAAAAUAUUUCAACUUUUGAUAGUACUUUAAAACAUAAAAUACUAAAUAAUGAUAGUAAUCAUUUAGUUAAUCCAGUCUACCCACCUCUUGACGAAAAUCUUUUAAAUUCUCUUAAUAAUACUCAACAAAAUUAUUACAAAAAUGUACAUAUACCCAAGGAAUUAUCCCACUAUUAUUUGAAAAGCAGGAACAAAACAAAAGAGGAUUAG